AUGUGCUAUGUCCAGAACCAUGUGACCUUGAAUGAAAAGGGGAGGCUACUUUUGAGCUAUGAUUUUGGGAUUCGAAUUCGCCUCACAUUGUGCUACUGUGAAUGUGCAAUAAAGAGGCUAUUUUUGCCACUGAUCCUGGUCAUCUGGCUCUUUGAACGCGAUUUCACACUAGUGUUUGGAGAGAGAGGACUGCUGAGGCACCAUGGAGUUGUCAACAUUCUGGUGUCCAACACUGCAGUCAACCCCAUCGUGAGGACAGUGUUGGAUUGCUUGGAGGAAGCUUGGAACAAAAUUGAGAUCAACAUGAAAACAAUUUUCCUUCUGGCCAAGCUGGUUGUGCCACACAUGAAAAAUGGAAGCUCCGUUGUUGGCUACCAGCCUUUCCCUGAUAUCAGGCCCUACAGCAUCAAUAAGAAGGCUCUGCUUGGCCCAACCAAAGUACUGACUGAUGAACUGGCCUCUACCAACAUCCGUGUCACCUGCCGGGCCCCAGGUAUCAUCAGCGCCCAAUUCAGUUCCAUCAUGUUGUCAGACAAGACUAUGUACCAGCAGACUGAGGGGGCAAUGGCCACGCACUGGAUCAAUGAGCCAGAGGAGUACACUGGAACCAUCUCCUUUCUCUGUUCACAGGAUGCAGCAUACAUCACUGUGGAGACCAUAGUGUUGGCCACAGGUUUGCACUGCUGGCUUUGA